AUGUCUUCCACUGAAACCACUUUCGGUGUUAUGGCAGAGUUUCCUCCCUUCGCUAAUAAUGUUACUUCUGGUGUCAUAAGGGUCCUAUCUGUGAGAUUCACCACGGUUCGAGCAGACCGGUACUUACACAAACUAUCAAAUCACCAUCCAAGCCAAAAACAGGGGAUUAUCGGAACAUUAGCUAAUAGGGCAAGACGUAUCUGUGCUAAUGAACACAUCCAAGAGGAACUCAGCCAUUUAAAUAAAGCCUUUCUUGCCAAUGGCUAUAAUGACAGAGAAUUAAAGGCGGCGCUGGUACAUAGGCAGAGGAGACCUGACGUCAAUGAACAGAAAAACGUCAUUAAUAAGGCCUUCCUUCCAUAUGUUUCCCAGGUCACCGAUAGGAUUGGUAAAGUUCUCAAGAAGCAUAACAUCAAAACCAUAUACAAACCUACCCGGAAAAUAAGGGACUGCUUAAGACCAGCCAAAGACAAAAGAGAACCAUUAUCGUCUGCAGGGAUCUACCGUAUACCUUGUUCCUGCGGUAGCGUAUAUAUUGGAACUACCAAACGCUCAGUAGGAACGAGACUUACGGAACACAAGAGAAACUGCAGAUUAGGGCAAACAGAGAAGUCAGCUGUAGCAGAACAUGCUCCAAGAGAUGGUGACUACAAAAUCCAAUUCGAAGACACCCAAGUCAUUACCACAACAUCUGGAUAUCAUCCUCGUCUGGUCAGAGAAGCUGUUGAAAUUCACAAACAUCCAAAUAAGGAAGGAAGAAACUUUCUACCUUAA